GUCGAGCUUAAAAUGUUGCGGUCUGGGUGAGGGAUAUUGCAGAGUAUAUAUUAAGCGACGAGCACAGUUAGAAUGCCUACCAUCAACACUCUCCUAAUCAGCACACAUACACAAUGGCAAAGUGUGUGGCCCCCGAAGAAUCAGGAUGGACAUUCUGUCCAAACCUCCCUGCCGCCAUCCUCUUCACCGUCCUCUACGGGCUCUGCAUCUUCAUCCACCUCUUCCUCGCGGUCAGAACACGCAAGAAAUUCUGCUGGGUCAUCAUCAUGGGCAGCGCCUGGCUAACCGUGGGCUUCGCCCUCCGCGCCAAAGCCGCCGACCACAUCAGCGGCCUGGGCGACUUCAUCCCGCAGAGCAUUAUCAUCUUCCUCGGGCCCCUGUGGCUCAAUGGCUUCGUGUACAUGGUCAUGGGCCGGAUGGUGCAUAUGCUUCUGAAGCGGGACCAGCUAUACCGUAUCAGUGCGCGAAGAUUGACGCUCAUCUUCGUUAUACUUGAUAUCAUUGCCUUCUUCGUGCAGGCUUCUUCUAGCGGGCCGAUGGCUGAUGAUGACCCUGAUACUGCUGAGAUGGGCUCGUAUAUCAUGAUGGGCGGCGUCGCCAUUCAACAAGCCUUCAUAACGUUUUUCGUGGUCCUGGCCGCACGCUUCCACUACAAACUCCUCCUCGGCGCACGGUACACCCCGUCAUACCCCCUCGAACAGAACCACCUGGUCGGGGCUUCCACGCAUGAGCGCGACGACAACACAAUCGUCAAACCCGCCUUCUACACCGUCCCCUGGCGCCGCCUGCUCUACGCGCUCUACAUAACGCUCAUCCUGAUAACAAUCCGGAACAUCUUCCGGCUAAUUGAGUUCUCGGAUGGCGUGCAUGGGUAUAUCGCUACGCACGAGGCGUUCUUCUACUCGCUGGAUGCGCUGCCGAUUUUUGCGGGGCUGAUUGUGCUGGCUGUUGUGCAUCCGUCUUGUGUGCUUGAGGGGCCGGAUAGUGAGUUUCCACCACGGGAGAAGAAGAGAAAUCGCAAAGAGGGGGGCAGAAGGCGGCGGAGGAGGAGUAGGGGAAAGGGGGUGGAGAGUGAGGGUGAGGAGCACCGUGGGGGAGUUACGCAUGUGUGA